ACUCGAUAGCAGCGACGCUCGAUUGUUUUGGGCUGCUAAAAAAAAUGGUUGCCAAGUGUCAACCUUAGCAAUUCUCUGUCUUUUUUUUUUAAAAUAACACUAAUAAAAGUAAUAAUUCCUUUCUGCAAUGGGAUUAUCGCAGAGCUCAGAGGCCCCCGAGGGAGGGACGUACGGAUACCAUGUCCACGGCAUUCAGCCUAAUUCUCCUGCAGAAAGGGCCGGACUGCAGCCCUUCUUUGACUUCAUUCUGUCUCUGGACAACAAAAGACUCAGUGAGGAAAACGAGCAGCUGAAGGAGCUCCUGAAAGCCAACAUGGAGAGAGCUGUGAGGAUGGAGGUGUACAGCACCAAAACCGCCGGGGUGCGAGAGCUGGAGGUGGUGCCCAGUAACAUGUGGGGGGGACAGGGCCUGCUGGGCGCCAGCGUUCGCUUCUGCAGCUACCAAGGAGCCAGUGAGAACGUCUGGCACGUACUGGACGUAGAAGCCGGUUCACCAGCGGCACUGGCAGGUCUUCAGUCGUACAGUGACUACAUUGUCGGGGCAGAUCAGGUGUUGCAAGACUCGGAGGAUUUCUUCUCGCUGAUUGAAGCCCAUGAAGGGAAACCCUUGAAGCUGCUGGUGUACAACACACGAACAGACAACUGCAGAGACGUGAUGGUCACACCCAGUGGAGCGUGGGGAGGAGAGGGCAGCUUGGGUUGUGGCAUCGGUUAUGGCUACCUGCACCGCAUUCCUGCAACUCCAGGAAUGUCGACAGAGAAGCCCCCCAUCCCAGUUGCAGAAGAGAAAUCCUCUCCACAGGAGCCAACACAUGGGUACACAGAGGCGCCUCUUAUGGCCCCUUCAGCCCCCAGUGAAGAUUUGUUAGACGUGGAGCAGAUCACCCUCCUAGACUCUGUCGUACCUCCACCAGAUCAGACAGUGAUGGACUCUGGUUUAUCCGAUUCCGAUGUGGCAGUGAUGAGCCCUGACCCUGCAGAUCUUUUGGACAGGCUGGACGUGUCCACGUCUUCCAUCGACAUGACCAACACUGCCCUGGCGAUGCACGAGGAAAAGGAGGGUGACAUAUCUGGUGUUGAGGAGCUGGAGGACAGUGCUCUGCCCUCAUCAUCUGCAGAGAACCAGAGUGAACUACAAGAGCAUGUCUCCCAUGCAGCUGUGGAGCUCACCGCUUCCCUCGCCGCUCCUGACACUUGGUCUGACUCCGGAGUAGCUCCAGCUGAAACUUCUCCUCCGCGCACCGAGUCUGCAGACCUUCAGAGCUUCGUCGUGGAAUCCAGCGGCACCCCGAGUCCGCCUCUGGGCGUGCUGUCCCUUCCCGAGGAGACGUUUCAGCCUUUCACUGAAGAGCCUCCGUGCCCAUCUCCAGUAGACCUGAUCGCGACCGCGGCUGCUAAUGAGGCGGACUUUCAAGUCUUAGGCGAUGCGCAAGCGUCGGCGUGCGAGUCAGCAAAGCCUGUAGAUUAUCAGGACGGUGGGGAAGAACCAGAAAAAACACAUUUUGAUUAAGUUUUCCUUCGGUCAUAUAGAGGCAACGCUAAUGCAUUGUGGCGUAGACAAUCAAUAUUUACCUUUCUUUUAUCCAUUUCUAUAAAGGAAGCCCUACAUUGCUGUGGAAAAGCAUUUCAACUAGGGCUGGGCAUUAAAUCAGUUUUUUUGAUUAAUCUUUUUUUAUUUAUUUAUUUUUUAGAAAAUUUGGAUUUUAAGUUGGGCCACAAGAUGGUGGCCAAGUUAGCUCCUACUUAUUUGGACUUUGAUUUCAAGGCAACUCUUUGACGGAAUAUAAGCGCCAGGCUAAGAUUUUUUUUUAAGCUACAAAAAUAUGGUCAUAAAAUUACAAGAAUUUAGUCGUGCGAUGAUAAAUUUUUAAUAAACAAGUCAUCGUUUUAAUAGUUUUACAAUGUUUUUUUUCUGGAAAUAUUAUGACUAUGAUGCUGUAGCCUGGCCCUAAUAAAAAUCGUAGAAGCCCCUUUUUAAAGAUGUUUUUUUUAUCAUUUGUAAUUCCUUUUUUAGAAAAGAAAAUGAGGAAAAAAUAGAUUAAAAUCAGAUUCCAUAUGAAAAACUGAUUUUGUUAUCAAGCUAAAUUGCCCAGCCCUACUUUUUGUAUUUCAUCAGCUUAUCUGGAAAACAGAAAAAUACUUUUCCAACAAUGCCUGUAGGAAGUAAGACUGACAAAGUUAUUCCAAAUUGUUGCACUACAGGAACAAGCUGAGACUUUAACAUGAGAGAGGGGCGAUAUCUACAGCUACAAGUACAAAAUGAAGUUACUGAUUUUUUUUUUUAGCAUAAAGUUUAUUUACUUGUUUGGUGGAAAAUUAGUGGACACGGGUUUUUGAAACGUUGCUUGCAGCGCACUAAAGAGGAGAGUACUUGAAUAGUUCCAAAGACAAAUGAAUCGACUACUGCAAAGCACAGCUGCACCUUCACGUCUCCAACACUACGAACUUCUCUGACGCUACUAGACUGCUGGCUGGUAAAAUAGGUCCUACUGGCCCACUGUUCCAUCUCUGCUAAUGUUUUUGAACUAGUGUCGUUUACAGAGUGAUUACUCAGCUUUAAACAUUGGACGUGGGACACUUUUAGUCGUGGUCGUUGAUUGGAACUUAAAGGGCUUUUAUUAUAGCAAUGUUUGAGAUGUGAUUUUUUUUUUUUUUUGUUGUAAUAUUUAGAAAAUGUUUCACACCAGCUCUGAUAAGGUUGGUGUGUUUUUAACAAAGUCUUUAAUUUCAGUUAUUGUAAUUGCUGUUUUUCAGCUGCAUAGCUUUUGCAGAGUUUCAUUCAUGUAUAGCUAGCUGUCUGCCCAUGUUUCUAUUGAAAAGAGAUGCACUGACAAAUUAGUUGGUAACCUAUUAACUCAAAAAUUUGAUAUUUUUUGGAUGAACACGCCAUACUACAUCACUUGCAGAUUGCAUAAACAACACUCUGAAGUGUGGAUGUCGUUACAGAGCGAGGAAGACUUGAGAUUUGGCCUUUUCAGGGUCAGUGGAUUAAAUCAAUGAUUUUGUCUUUAUUUUAAAUUUGAAGCAUGUCAUUUGACAGCAUUGUGUGACUUCACCCUGCUACUCAUACCAUAAUUGACCAAUCAAAACAAGGAUGUAUUGAAGCCUGUUGAUUAUGCCUAUUGAAGCCUGUUGAGUCUGUACUGUCAGGUCAACGCUUUACAAAACGAUAUGAAAUCAGACCAAAAAAAUAUCUCUGAUCUGUGCAUCUCUAAUACUGGGCAUCAUUGACACCUGUUACUUAUGUAGUCUAUGCAAAAAAA